AUGGAUGGCUACCCGGGGUCCGAGGCGGCGGCGCCAACAAGCCGUGCCGCGAAACGACUGACGUCGGUCGAGGGAUGGCGCGAAGUCGGUCGCGGCGUCUUCGUCACCGCGGGCCACACCGCGUUUGUCUUUCUCCCGGAUCCGGCGUACGACCGGGAGUGGCCGGUCCACAGCGACCGGCAGGCCUGGACGAGGCUGUCGCGCGCGCAGCGGCAGUCCAUCAGCACCCACGGGUCCAACAGAGCCAACGAGGAGCGCGACGAUCAGGUGCCGUGGGCGCCCGGUGGAGUGCUCGGGGCGAGGAUUGAAGAUGGCGAUGAAGAAGAGCUGGUACACGAACCAGCGCAAAAGGAGCUGCCGGAUGAGCCGCCCUUUCAUGUGUACUCGAAACGGAUCAAGUGGUAUCUCGUCGUCAUUAUCGGCAUGGCCGGGCUCUUUUCCGGCCUGUCUUCCAACAUCUACCUCCCAUCGCUGUCCGCCAUUGCCCAGGAUCUGCACGUCAGCUUGAGUGAUGUCGGACUGACUAUUACGUCGUACCUCAUCGUGCAGGGCAUAUCGCCUCUCUUCUGGGGCUCCCUGUCCGACACCAUCGGGCGCCGGCCUGUGUACCUGUACUCCUUUUCCGUGUACAUUGUCUCCAACAUUGUGCUGAGUAUCACGCCCAACUUUCCCGUCCUUCUGGUCUUCAGAGGGCUUCAGGCAGCAGGCAGUGCCUCUACCGUCAGCAUCGGCAAUGGUGUGAUACAAGACAUUGCGACGCCAGACGAGCGCGGCUCAUUCAUCAGCUUUUACCAGGCCAUUCGAAAUUUUAGCAUCGCGAUCGGGCCAGUCAUUGGCGGCGUGCUCGCCAACUUCCUCGGCUUUCGAUCCGUCUUCGUUUUUUUGCUCAUCGCCUCUUCCCUUGUUCUAGCCGUGAUUGCAGCUAUUCUCCCCGAGACACUACGCUCGAUUGCUGGCAACGGCUCGCUGAGGCUGUCGGGAAUCUAUCGACCAUUGCUGAGUCGGGUUGUACUGGGCAGCGAGACGGGAACGGAAGAGCCCGAAGCUGCGCGACCGCGCGCAAAAGUGAGCUGGAGAACGUUUCUGGAGCCGCUGCUUCUCCUACGCGAAAAGGACAUCUUUGUCAGCUUGUUGUUUGGCGGCACCGUGUACGCUGUCUGGAGCAUCGUGGUGGCCACGACGACGAGUCUCUUCAAGGAUCUGUUUGGCUUAAGCGACUUGCUUCUCGGUGUCGUGUUCUUGCCCAAUGGACUGGGUACGAUUGUUGGCUCUGUGAUUGCGGGCAAGCUCAUGACGCGUGGGUUUCUCGCGGCCGAAGCCGCAUAUCUUGAACGCAACCCCGACGCAAAACCGCCGUCCAAGAACAAAAAGGACCUGCCAGGCGACUUUCCCAUCGAGCACGCCCGCCUGCGCCACGCGCCGUGGAUGACGCUGCUGUUCAUCCUCUCCACCAUGGCCUACGGGUUCACCGUGCUCCUGCCAUCCCAGCUGUCGGCCGUGUCCAGCCCUGGCUGGAUCACGGUGCCGCUGCUGCUGCAGUUUCUCAUCGCGGCCACGUCGAAUGCCAUCUUCGCCAUCAACACGACCCUGGUCGCCGAUCUGUGUCCGGGCAAGGGCGCCAGCUCCACGGCCGUCAACAACCUGAUGCGCUGCGGCAUGGGCGCGCUUGGCGUGGCGUUUGGCGACGUCAUGCUCCGGACCUUUGGCCCGGGCGCGACGUUCCUGGGUUUGGGGAUUCUCACCGCCGGAAUGAGCGUUUUCCUCGUCGUCGAGAUGCGUUGCGGAAUGGGGUGGAGAAGAGCGCGGCGACAGAGACAAGCGUAG